AUGGAAGCGACGACACCAAUCACACCCCUUCGGCGAAGAAACUCAAUCGCAACAUCGUUGGUCAUUCCCUCAAAGCUCACCUUCCAAACACUUCCCCACCAUGCCUCCAGCUUCCCCACCACCACCACCACCACCACUACCUCCUCUUCCUCAGCAUCAUCAUCAUCUUCAUCACAGUCAUUUCCCACCGUCGAUUUCGAACUUAUCUCCAUCAAACCCCUCUCCUACACCUCCCUGAAGGACGUCCUCCCCUCAACCGCCGUCAACUCCCCCACCGUCCAAUCCGGCUACGAGAUCUCCAUCCGCAACCGCCUCGUCAAGCAGGCCGCCUGGGCCUACCUCCGACCCAUGUCCAUCUCGCCGGACUCCUCCAGCCGCCACUUCCUCCACCGCCUGUGGGCUAGCAUCUCCGGCAGACUCCGCCUCAAAGCCACCGCUUUCCUCAGCCUCAUCAACUGCCACAUUCUCCCGACCCUAUCCCGAACCUUCGAUCGCUUGCUCCGAGCCAUUCGGAUCCCCAGUUCCAGAUAA